AAAUUAGUGCUCAUGCGCAUCAGCAGAGAAGACUAAUAAGCACCACCACUCGGAAGCAAGCGUACCCGCAACCAUGGCCAUGGCCAGCAACAAGCACGUCGUGCUGUUCCCCUUCCCCGGCCAGGGCCACCUCGUCAGCUUCCUUGAAGCGGCCCGCCUCCUCCGCCGCGUCCUCCCCGGCGACGUCUCCAUCACCCUCGUCUCAACCCCGCGCAACGUCGCCGCCCUCCGCGCUUCCACCUCCACGUCGUCCCCAUCGUUGGACAUCAGCUUCCACGCGCUGCCGUUCGUCCCGGCCGACCACGGGCUUCCCGCGGACUGCGAGUCCACCAGCUCCCUCCCGCCCCCGGCGUACCUGACGCUCUUCGAGGCCUUCGAGUCCCUCGAGCCCGCCUUCGACGCCUACAUCUCCCGCCUUGUCGCCGACAACGAGUCCGUCUGCGUCAUCGCCGACGUGUUCGUCGCGUGGACGGUGGGUGUCGCGCGCCGUCGCGGAUGCGCAAACGCCGUCUUCGUGUCGUGCGGCGCGUUCGGCACGGCCAUCCUGCACGCCCUGUGGAAGAACAUGCCGGCGCUGCCUUUCGGCGACGACGGCCUGCUCCGCCUGCCGGAGCACCCGGAGGUGGAGCUCCACCGGUCUCAGAUGUCGGUGGUGUUCCUCUCCAGUCCAUCCCCCGGCAUGGACCGCAUGAUUGCGUUCCACGACCGGCAGAUACAGCACGGGUACCUGACGGACGCGGUGCUGAUGAACACGGUGCAGGAGCUGGAGCCGACCGGGCUGGCCAUGGUGCGCCGCACUCUCGGAAGGCAGGUCCCGGUCUGCUCCAUCGGCCCUCUCGUCCGCGAUGGUUCAGCGCAUGCAGCGACCGACGACGGCGCCGCCGUCAUGCGCUGGCUAGACUCGCAGCCACCGUCGUCCGUUCUGUACAUAUCGUUCGGGUCGCAGAACUCGGUACGCCGGAAGCAGAUGAUGGAGCUGGCAACGGCACUGGAGUCGACCGGGCGGCCUUUCAUCUGGGCCUUCCGGCCGCCGGUGGGGAUCGACCCCAAUAUCGAUGGCGGCGAAGAGUGGCUUCCGGCAGGGUUCGAGGCGCGGGCGCGCGCUGCCAACCGCGGUCUCCUGGUCCACGGAUGGGCGCCGCAGGUGAGCAUCCUCGCGCACGGCUCCACGGGGGCGUUCCUUAGCCACUGCGGGUGGAACUCGGUGCUGGAGAGCCUGACGCACGGCGUGCCCAUCGUCGGCUGGCCGCUCUCGGCGGAGCAGUUCUACAACGUCAAGACGCUGGCGGAGGAGUGGGGCGUGUGCGUGGAGGUGGCGCGGGGGAACCUCGAGAGCUCGGCCGUGGAGAGCUGCAAGGUGGCAGAGGGUAUCGAGACGAUGAUGGGGGCGGAGGUGCGGCGGCGAGUGGCGGAGGUCCAGGAGGUGAUGAAGAGGGCAUGGGCGGAGGACGGCGGGUCGUCCAGGGCGGCGCUGCAAGAGUUCUUGGCAGCCAUGCGCUUGCACUGAGCGCUUGAUUUUAUUUUCUUCCGUCCUCUGGUUGCUGGGAAUUAUUUUCUCUGGUGUUUUACAGUUUCUUGGGAAUAUUUUAAUCUUUUUUUUUUUGCGAAACGGGAAUCUGUUAAUCUUGCGAUGCAUGCCGACAUAGCAGUGAACUGAUGACGGUGACACGACCUUUCUGCGUACUUGGGAGUUAGGACCAGUGACGUCGAAAUGGUCCCGUACGGGCGUUUUCUGCGAACACUUGUGUGCACCCAGUGGACUCACCCGACAAUUAUCUUUUGCCAGAUCUCGUUUUGUAUCUUGUUUGAUGGAACGAAAUAAAACAUUGAUGGCAAAUUGGCAGUCCUAAUAUUAGCCCGACAACUUUUUU